UUUUAUGCUUGAAAAUUUUUAUUUAGGCAAAAAAUACAUGCACAACACGUGUGUUCCAGUCCUCAGGUCUUGUUAAUAUAAAAUAUCAAAAUAUAAAAAUAGUUUUCAAAUCACAUCAGUUGUAAUAACGGUCCAAAUCAACCAUCAUAAUUUUUUUUUUAAUUUUCAAUUUUAAUAUAACUGCUUAUAUGCUGUCAUUGAAGAAGUAGUAAACACAUUUUAUAGCUAUAAACUUUUAAGGAGGCGUGGCUUUGCGUAAAAUACGUAAUGAUCGUCAUUUGUGACCAAUCAGCAAUCUUAUUAUUAUUAGUAGGCGUGUACUUGGUCAUUCGGACCAAUCAGAGCGGAGAAUGGUGCUACGUCACUGGGAAAUCAAAGUUGUUGUAGAGCGCGUCCGGGUAGGAGAUGUGAAAAGUAGCUGGUGGGUAAAAGAGAGAAACCAAGCAGCGACUCGUGGAAAGCUUCCACGCUCCGGAAUAAAAAAAUCACAGUAAAUAAACGUUUUAUCAUCUAAAGACGCUUUUGACUGGAUUAUAGCACAAAUAAGCUCCGAUAUGGAUUGAAUAUCGUUGGACUACUAACGAUGUUAAUGUCGUCACACGCCUAGCUUUCUCCAUUCAUUUCUUACAGUUUUGCUAUCAAGUGAGGAUUAAAUUUUUUAAUCCACUCGAGAUGACGGAAAUCAACGAGAAGGAGAGUGAACCACAGCACCGGGACCUCCAACGACCGCAAGCCACUGUGCCAAGCCAGCCGGAAUCAAAGCUCCAGCGACUGAAGCGCUCCCUGUCCUUCAAAUCAGUCAUGCGCAGCAAGAGCAUGGACAACUUUUUUCAGCGCAGCAACGGCGAAGCACGUCCGCCUUGCACGCUCAUUGUCCCCGCGGCCCCACCGCCGUCGCCUCCCCCGUGUUCAGAAUCCUCCUUCUCUCCGUCCGCCAGCCCCAACCCUUCUCUCACCGAGUCGUCCCACUCUCCGUCCAUCAGUCCCUCGUCGUCUCUCACCUGCAAGAGUCUACCCAAGUCUCCUUGUCAGCCCACAGCUCCACCCAAGACUCAUUGUUUCCAGGAACACGUCUUCCGGAGGCCGACGAGCUGUGAGCGAUGCAAACAUAUAAUCCAAGGCAACUCCAAGCAAGGACUGCGUUGUAAAGUCUGCAAGCUCGCCGCUCACCUCUGGUGUUCUUCUGAGCUCUCCCAGCAACCCUGCAUGGGCAAGACAGGAGCUUUUAAAAGGAACUUCAGCUCACCGCUACUAACCACCGACUCGCUGGGUGUGGUCAGGGAGGCUCCCGAUACGCAGGUGGCCGACAACAUCAAUGUGGACCCUGUGUAUGAAGCGCUGCGCUACGGGACGUCGCUGGCUCAGAUGAGCCGUUCCAGCUUUGGAAGCAUCUCGGAGUCACCGUGUGACGAGGCGGAGAAGCUUCCAGACAAACUCGGGAAUCAGCCCAUCACUGAAGAGGAGCCCAUUCCAGGAAUGCUCACCCCUCCUGAAAGCGAGAAAGCGGACUCAGAAGAGCGGGUCAGCCUGAAGACGAAAUCCUUCUCGCAGACUCCUAAGCGUGUUGCGAUCCACUCCAUCCACACCUAUGUGGCUCUCUAUAAGUUCCUGCCUCAGGAGAAGAAUGACUUGGAGCUACAGCCCGGGGAUCGAGUCAAAGUCACAGACGACUCGAAUGAGGACUGGUGGAAGGGGAAAAGCCGAAACAAAGUGGGAUAUUUCCCUGCCAACUUUGUCCAACGGGUGCGCCCUGGUGAACGCGUGUGGAAGGUCACGUCAAGUUUCCACGGCAACCGAGACAAAGGCCAGAUGACGGUGAAAGAAGCCCAGAUCUGUGUUGGAAAAAACGAGGACACUGACGGCUUCCUGCGUUUGAGCUGCGGGAAGAAGCGAGGCUUGGUUCCUGUGAACAUUGUCCUUGAAAUAUGACCGCUUUUUAUUAGCUAUUUAUAUUCAUAAUAAUAAUAAUAAUAAUAAUAAUAAUAAUAAUGAUACUCGUUAGAGGAAUCUACAAAUGUUUUUUUGACUUUGCUUGACAUUUUUUUAAAUGCCCGAAUCCUAACGCAGCAGCAGCAGCAAGGGGGGGGGCUUUCUUUCGAGAUACUUAUAAGUCACUCACUGUGGGGGAAAUGUAGCACCACUUUGAGGAAAAUGUGGAAAAAUGUGAAAGAAGUUUGGCUACCUCACCGAGAAAAAAAAAAAAAAAAAAAGCUCGAUCAGGCUUUUUGAAGCAUACGGAACUGAAACAAGUGCGUUUAACGAGAUAACGAGAACGGCGAUAACGAGAACUGGGUUUUAAAAGCUAUGGACGGCCAUUGUUGUUCGAUCAUUCACAUAAUAACUACAUAUUACAUACUGUACUGUACAUGUACAAAACUACUGAGUACCUUCUGAUACCUUACACAAAAACAAGAGGUUUCUACGCUAUGUUAUGGCACGCCGCUCUCUCUUCACGUUCACAUGUGUUCCCUUUACACUUGUUCAUAAAAGCCACACUUCCAAUCUGCCUUAUCAGCCGGUUAUUUAUAUCAUCGUAUAAUGUCUGUUUAUGAGAAUGUGCUUCUUUUCCUCCAUGAAAGUGCAGCACAGCAAAAACAUAAUCCCUAACACGGUGUCACAAAGGAGACGUCGGCUGUCAAACGUUCCUCUCUCUCGCUCUCUCACAUUGCAUCCGUCAAAUGCACUGUAUGAAUGACAGACAACUUCUUUUUUUUUUAAUUCCAAUCCACUUUAUUUAUAUAGCACAUUUUAUAAACAGAGUUUCCAAAGUGCUGCACAGACUAGUAAAAUAAAAAGUACAAAUAAAAUACAAUAAAUAAAAAAAACAAAGGUACAAAUUGAACUUAAUCCAAAAAUAAAAGAUCAUUUAAGAAAUAAAAUAAUAAAAUAGAUAUUAAAAUAUUAAAAACAAGAAGCUUUUGAUGUUUGUAGCCUUUUUUACUUGGGAGGGGCAAAGAGUUCCAUAGUUUGGCACCCACCACAGAAAAGGCUCGGUCUCCCCUGGUUUUAAGUCUCGUCUUGGGCACCACAAGUUGGAGCUGGCCCUUGAUUUUAAGAUUUUAUUGUUUGAUUUUAUUUUAUUCGUCUCGGACCUCAUGCAAAUUUACUCUCCAGCGCUGUCACUGAGGUCCGAGACGAAUAAAAUAAAAUCAAACAAUAAAAUCUUAAAAUCAAUCCUAAAGCGAACAGGCAAUUGUCAAAUUGUCAAAUUCCACCGCGCUUGUUCCUGAUUAAGUCGAUCACCGUUAAUUUACCGUAUCUCACCAAAGUGAGUUUACACCUCUCACAUUUCCGCAACCGUUUAUCUUCUCAAGGGACAUUACUAUUGACAUGAAACUUGAAUAUGAUCAUAGAUUUACUGUACUCCUAAAAUAUGUCAAGUGAGUGCUCCUUGUCUCACUGCUGCAUGAGUGCUACCGGCAUGGGGGGAGAUGUGGUUUUCAUUGACGGAAACAUGAAUUACUACAUAUACCGUGACACUGGCAACACAUGAGAGCACAUCUCGUAGUGUUUAAUAUUUAAUGUUAGCAUCUUUGACUUGUUACCCACUUCUGUGGAAAUCUACCCUACACAAGCUGCACUCUGACUACUCUGAAGUAAACUUAUCAGAGAUGAGGAUGCUGAGGUUCUCAUUGGGAGUGACCAGGAUAGAUAGGAUCAGGAAGGAGUACAUCAGAGGGACAUUACAUGUUAGCCGGAGGUAGCAGAGAUGAGGAUGCUGAGGUUCUCAUUGGGAGUGACCAUGAUGGAUAGGAUCAGGAAGGAGAACAUCAGAGGGAUAGUACAUGUUAGCCAGAGGUAGCAGAGAUGAGGAUGCUGAAGUUCUCAUUGGGAGUGACCAGGAUGGAUAGGAUCAGGAACGAGUACAUCAGAGGGACAUUACAUGUUAGCCAUUGGUAGCAGAGAUGAGGAUGCUGAGGUUCUCAUUGGGAGUGACCAGGAUGGAUAGGAUCAGGAACGAGUACAUCAGAGGGACAUUACAUGUUAGCCGGAGGUAGCAGAGAUGAGGAUGCUGAGGUUCUCAUUGGGAGUGACCAUGAUGGAUAGGAUCAGGAAUGAGUACAUCAGAGGGAAAUUACAUGUUAGCCGGCGGUAGCAGAGAUGAGGAUGCUGAGGUUCUCAUUGGGAGUGACCAGGAUGGAUAGGAUCAGGAAUUAGUACAUCAUUGGGACAUUACAUGUUAGCCAGAGGUAGCAGAGAUGAGGAUGCUGAGGUUCUCAUUGGGAGUGACCAGGAUGGAUAGGAUCAGGAAUGAGUACAUAAUUGGGACAUUACAUGUUAGCCGGAGGUAGCAGAGAUGAGGAUGCUGAGGUUCUUAUUGGGAGUGACCAUGAUGGAUAGGAUCAGGAAUGAGUACAUCAGAGGGAAAUUACAUGUUAGCCGGCGGUAGCAGAAAUGAGGAUGCUGAGGUUCUCUUUGGGAGUGACCAUGAUGGAUAGGAUCAGGAAGGAGUUAAUUUUGGUCUCUAUUAUAUAGUAUUGGCCUUUGAGAAGAUUCAAUAUACUGUAAUAAAGGUGGUUCUUGAAAUGUGGUGUCAGCAAUAAAUGUAUAUACAACAUGAUUUCUAUGAUAUUUGUGUAUAGCCUUAAGUAAUAUGCUGACUAAGGGCAUUCAUAUCUAAAUUAUAUCCAAUUAUUCUAUACUCAAUCUACAGUAUUUAUUUACGUUUAGCCAAAAACACUAUGCACACCGGAUUUACAGUCGCUCAUUUGUGUGUUUUUAGCCACGUGUGUGUCAGCAACAUAACACAACAUGGGCUCAGGAUCACGUUUAGCCGCCGGCCUUCUUCUUCUUCUUCUUCUUCUUCUUCUUCCGGCUACUGUCUCGCCUCCACUCGGCAUCAAUAAAGUCCGACAAACCCUCAAGUUCACGUGUCAUGUUUUUCUUUAUCACAUGGAUUGGGUUGUUGACAUUUUUAAAUCAAAUACUGUGUCAUUACUGUAACAGAGCAGACAUGGUAUCUGUAAAGCUGUAAUGCGAUGCGCUUGUGAUCAACUUCUUUUACCACAAAAUAAUAAUAAUAUACAGUAACUAUCAUUUAGAAAUGUUUAAUGCAAUUAUGUCCUUGAACGCACCAUCUACUGUUCUCCCAUGCACAGAUAGACUACUAUGCUGUAUUUUCCC